CCCACUCAAAAGACUACUACCCAGUCUCCACCUCCUUUCCCUUCCUCACUUCACCACCGCAUUGGGAUUCGAGCCCCCCCUUCCCUUCCAAAGUCUCCUCCUUUCUUAUUUAACUCACCUAAUUAGGGUUCCAUUCCCAUUUGCAGCAGAUCCAAAUCUCAACCCAACAAUGGCGCUCUCCGACGGUGUGGUGAAGAAGGUCCUCAUCUCCUACGCCUACGUCGCCAUCUGGAUCUUCCUCAGCUUCACCGUCAUCGUUUACAACAAGUACAUCCUCGACCGCAAGCUCUACAACUGGCCCUUCCCGAUCUCCCUCACCAUGAUCCACAUGGCCUUCUGCUCCUCCCUUGCCUACCUCCUCGUCAAGGUCUUCAAGCUCGUCGAGCCAGUCUCCAUGUCACGUGACCUCUACCUGAAAUCCGUCGUCCCCAUCGGAGCUCUCUACGCGCUCUCGCUCUGGUUCUCCAACUCUGCAUACAUUUUCCUCUCGGUCUCCUUCAUCCAGAUGCUCAAGGCUCUCAUGCCGGUCGCCGUGUACUCGAUCGGAAUCCUAAUCAAGAAAGAUCCGUUCAAAUCGGACACCAUGGUCAACAUGCUCUCGAUCUCCUUCGGCGUUGCGAUUGCCGCUUACGGCGAGGCCAAGUUCAACUCGUGGGGAGUCAGUUUGCAGCUUCUUGCGGUCGUUUUCGAGGCCACGAGGUUGGUCCUGAUCCAGAUCUUGCUCAAUGCCAAAGGGAUCAGCUUGAAUCCGAUCACUUCUCUGUACUACGUUGCGCCGUGCUGCUUUCUGUUUCUGUGCAUCCCUUGGAUCGUUGUGGAGUUUCCGGUUUUGAAGGAGACUUCUAGCUUUCAUUUCGAUUUCGUGAUUUUCGGCACGAAUUCGCUGUGUGCUUUCGCGCUGAAUUUGGCUGUGUUUCUGCUGGUGGGGAAGACCUCGGCUUUGACUAUGAAUGUGGCUGGUGUUGUGAAGGAUUGGCUGUUGAUUGCGUUUUCGUGGUCGGUGAUUAAGGAUACAGUGACGCCGAUUAACUUGAUUGGGUAUCUGAUUGCGUUUUUCGGGGUGGCGUAUUACAAUCAUGCGAAAUUGCAGGCGCUUAAGGCUGCCGAGGCGCAGAAGAAGGCCCAGCAGGACAAUGUGGAGGCUGGGAAGCUGUUGGAGGAGAGAGAUGAGGAUGGGAAGAAGAGCGAAACUCAGGAUUGAGGUUUCCUUUUACUAAUUGUCAGCUCCACCAUUGUGUUGCCGGAGAGAGAAGGAAAUAGGGGAUUUAUUAGAUCCAGGAGAAUUGAGAAAGAGCAAUGGCGAGACAAUGUACCAAGUGGGGUGUUGCUUAUUUAGACUCACUUAGCAAGCUUAUUGUUUUGGGUAUGUGGUGUUAGAUGUUUAUGUAUUACUCUUCAUUUUCUGUCAUUUCGCUUUACAGUUGAUAGCUCCCAACUUAGCUGUGGUCAAUUUCGGGUUAGUGGGGGUGUCUGAUGUUGAUCAUGGUGGUGCCUUGUGGCAAUUUAUCAUUGUGAUUAGGAGGUUAUAAAUGUUUUUGAGAUUAUUAUUGAAUUCAGGUAGAGGACAUGAACUUAUUGUAUCUUUAUAUUCUAUCUGAAUUACAUUCCCCG